AUGCCUUGUAUUCAGAAAACUCAAGGAAAAUUAUCUGCAACAACGAAAAAGCUUCUUUAUUAUUUGAACAUCAUACCAAAAUCACAUGACAACAAUCCAUUACCUGGUCCAGUCCCUUUACCCAUCAUUGGUAAUAUCCUGGAUAAAGGUUUCGAUGAUUUCGUUGAUUAUACGGAACGUAUGAGAAAAAAGUACGGUGACAUGUUCGAAAUUUAUUUCGGACAAAACAGGUACAUCAUGUUGAGUAAAUUCGAAUACAUGCAAAAUAUGUUUGACUAUUCAUUAAAUUCAAAAUACCUGAGGCGUAUUCCAUACUUUCCCGGUUUGGAAGAAUUAAAUAUUGCGGGAAAAGGGAUCGCGUUAAAUCAUAAUGUAAAUGUUUGGAAAUAUAAUCGACACUUCAUUUCACGAGCGUUACUUACUCCUAGUUUCUCAAAAUCUGCCGUCAUUUGGACCCAAAAUCUAGUUGAGGAAAUGAUGAGCUUUUGGGAAGAUGGAUCUAAUAAUGAUGGUUCUUUUGAAACCGACAUCGUAGAAUGGUGUCAUAGAUUCACGACGGACUCUAUAACUCAUUUCACAACCGGGAAGAGAAUUCAUGCAAUCGAAGCACAUUACAAUGAAUUGUUGGAAUCACAAAAUAGGAAACCAAAAGUACCUUCCAAGAAUGAUUUGCGUGACGCCUCGAGAUUUUUUAAGAGCAUUAAAACUUUCAUGGUUGGAAUUUAUUUCUUCAUAAUCGUCCCACCUUUGGUUCGAAAAUAUUUGCCAAUCUUGAGCAAUGCAUCAAAAUAUCAUUUAAAGAAUCGUGACUGGUUGUAUGACUUCCGACUUCGAGUUGAGCUGGACGCAUUCUUUGAAAAAAUGGGCGAUCGGCGGCUCGAUCUUGAAAGUUUAUCGGAUUUAAUUUACACCGAAGCAAUCAUCAAAGAAGCAUUUAGAAUUUUCACACCUGCACCAUACACCGCACGAAAUAGCACCGCUGAAGAUAUCGUGGCAGGCCGUCAUGGUGAAAAAAAAGAGAUUUUACGUGAGGAUUUAGAGAACUUUGAAACCACAGAUGGAAGGAAGAUGGGAAAAAGACAUAAAAUGGAUCUGGGUGAUGGUACUCUUCGAUCACUUCCAGGAACCAAGGAUGAAACACUCGACUUUAAGCAAGCUUCUGCAAAACCUAUUAUUGCAGGCGAUUUUUUAUCUCGUAUUCAAGCACUCACUUCAAAAAGAGCAGUUGAAGUUGCUACAUAUCUUUUCAAUCUUUUUCAUUUUAUAGGAUCUUCUCCUACUAUAUUACAAUUAAACAAUGGUAAGGAAUUCUGUGCAGAAGUAAUUAAGGAAUUAAUUGAAUUAUGGCCAUCAGUAAAGAUUAUAAAUGGACGUCCUCGACAUCCACAAUCUCAAGGUCUAGUUGAACGCGCUAAUGGAAUUUUACAACAAAAAUUGGGAAAGUGGAAAGAGGAUACUGGACGAAAUGAUUGGUCUUUUGGUCUUAGAUUUAUUAUUUUGGCUAUGAAUAAUUCAUGGUGUCGAUCUCAUAAAAAAACUCCAUAUGAACUUUUUUAUAGAUCUAAACCACGUGGUAAUUGUACAUUAGUUGAUAAUUUAUUUGAAAAUAGUAUUCACGAUGAAGAAAAUAUUCCAGAUACUAUACAAAUAUUUGAUAAUUAUAUUGAAAAUUUAGAUGAUGAUAUAGUAUUUGGACAAGUAUCAUUAGCACCAUUAGCAUCAUCAGUACCAGCGUCAAUAUCAUUAACAUCAUUAGCACCAUUAGCACCGAUAGCAUCAUCAGUGCCAUCAGUACCAUUAGUACCAUCAGUACAACCAGUACAGUCAGUACCAUUAGCACCAUCGGCACAACUAGCACAAUCAGUACCAGUAGUAUCAUCAGUACCAUUAGUACCAUCAGCACAAUCAGUAUUAGCGGUUAGAGAUCUUGUAAAAGUAACUAUUCCUAAAAUUGAUAGAUUUGGUACUAAUCAUCCUAUUAUUCUAUGUAAAAUUAUGAAAAAAAUUGAAGAUAAAUAUUAA